GGGGCAGUUUGGUGAGGUGAACUUUACCAUGAGGUUUCUAAAAGCAGUGAAUGUGCAGGACUGUGCGGCUGUAAAAAUGCUGGACACACCCAUUGUUUUGACGGCUGAGAUGCCUCUUGCUAUUGAACAGAGCAUCUGUCAAGCCCGAGCUGCUGUUAUGGUAUAUGAUGAUGCCAACAAGAAGUGGGUACCAGCUGGUGGAUCGACUGGCUUUAGCAGAGUUCAUAUAUACCAUCAUACAGGGAACAAUGCAUUCCGAGUGGUAGGCAGAAAAAUCCAGGACCAUCAGGUGGUUAUAAACUGUGCCAUUCCUAAGGGGCUAAAAUACAACCAGGCCACACAGACCUUCCACCAGUGGCGUGAUGCCAGACAGGUAUACGGUCUGAACUUCGGAAGCAAGGAGGAUGCCAAUGUCUUUGCUAGUGCCAUGAUGCAUGCAUUAGAAGUCUUAAACUCUCAAGAUACAGGCCCAACAUUGCCACGACAAAACGCUCAGCUUUCCCCUCAGGCGCAGAAUGGUCCUUCACAGGAGGAACUGGAGAUACAGAGGAGGCAGCUGCAGGAGCAGCAUCGACAGAAAGAGAGACUGGAGCGUGAGAGGCUAGAGAGAGAGAGACUGGAGCAUGAGAGGCUAGAGAGAGAGAGACUGGAGCGUGAGAGGCUAGAGAGAGAGAGAGAGAGACUGGAGCGUGAGAGGCUAGAGAGAGAGAGACUGGAGCAUGAGAGACUGGAGAGAGAGAGACUGGAGUGUGAGAGGCUAGAGAGAGAGAGAAUGGAGCAUGAGAGGCUAGAGAGAGAGAGACUGGAGCGUGAGAGGCUAGAGAGAGAGAGACUGGAGCGUGAGAGGCUAGAGAGAGAGCAACAGGAACAGCUCGAAAAGGAGCAGAUGACUUGGGAGAGAGAGCAAAGGGUGUCCAACACAGCGCCAUCUUUUGACAACUCGCUCUACAGCACUCCUUCUCCUGACUACUCCAGUUACCAGGCACCUGCCACACCUCCACCAUCUUACUCCAAAGCCAUCUCUACUCCAGUCUCAACAUUUGUGACAGAGUCCUUUGUUCCCGACUACAUUUCAAUAUCCGCCCCCGCUAGCAACGCCCCACCGACCCCUCCACUGCGGCACUCUGCCUCCCGUUUCGCCACUUCCCUCGGCUCUGCCUUCCAUCCUGUGCUGCCUCAUUACGCCACUGUGCCCCGACCUACCAAUAAAAAACCAGCCCCUCCCUCUCCUGUGAUAGGUCACCCUUCCGCUGCCCCAUCCGCCAAAUCUAUAGUCUGGACUGCCACCAAUUUCAGCCCACUCCCACCUUCCCCCCCUGUUAUGAUCAGUAGUCCCCCAGGAAAAGCCACUGGCCCUCGUCCGGUGGUCCCCAUUUUAGUCCCCAGCCCCCUCACCCACAAACCCACCUCUCCGACAGCAGCUAACUGUCCCCUGGACUCCCCUGUUACGGCCCAGCCAGUCCUGUCCCCAUCAAGAACUGCUCCGCCUCUGCCCCCCCCACCACCUCCCCCGCCCCUGCCUCCGUUCUCGGUGUCCUCUUCUCAAGCUGCAUCUGCUUCUCCAAGCAACCCUGUUGUGUCGAUUCCCUCAUCCCAGCCUGGUGUUCUCCCUUCUCCCUCCGCAGCUUCUGCUGAACACUUUCUAAACUCUGUGCUGGGAGACUCCUGCUUUGCUCCAGAGCUGCCGUCUGCCUCGCUGGAGGCUUCUCAGCAGGCUGAAUCUCAGGCCAUUCAGGAUGCUGUCCAAGGACCGCCAGCCCCCCCUCCUCCUCCACCACUUCCUCCCGGAGCCGCUAUCGCCCCAGUGGCAGGACUCCCACCUCCCUGUUGCCCACCACCCCCUCCCCCUCUUCCCCUAACCUUUGGAACCCCUCCCCCUCCAGGGCCGCCACCUCCUCCUCCAUGCCAGGCCCCUCCCCUGGCCCCACCCCCGGCUCCGCCUCUCCCUCUUGCUCCUGCUGCUGGGUUCUCACCGGCCUCCGAGGAGAACCGCCCGCUAGCUGGAUUAGCAGCUGCAUUAGCUGGAGCCAAAUUACGGAAAGUGCCAAGGAAUGAAGAUGUAUCCAAUUCUGCUGCUGCAGGUGCCAUAAGUUCCACUCCAUCAAAAGCAGAGUCCAGUCGUGGAAAUGGACCCCUUUCAGUGGGAGGUGGUGGUCUGAUGGAAGAAAUGAGUGCCCUGCUGGCCAGGAGGAGAAGAAUUGCUGACAAGGGAUCCACACCAGAACCAGAACAGAAGGACAAAAAUGAUGAGUCUGACGUUACGACCCCUAAACUCCCUGCAACAAGUACCCCAGACACGGUCAGAAAGCCUUGGGAAAGAACAAAUACCAUGAAUGGUAGCAAAUCACCUGUUAUAAAUAGACCGAAAUCCACACCAACAGUAACUGGGUCCCUAAGUGCCAAUGGGGUGGCGACAGAAGGGUUGGACUGUGACAGAUUGAAACAGGAUAUUUUAGAUGAAAUGAGGAAGGAACUGACAAAACUGAAAGAGGAACUUAUUGAUGCAAUCAGACAGGAACUGAGCAAGUCAAAUACAGCAUAGAAGGACAUGAGGUCCCUGCAGAUUUGCCCCUUUUGACCAGACACAUGAGCUUCACUACAAUUAUGACUAACUUUAUUUAAGAGGGGAAAAAAAGAAAGUGAGCAAGAAGUUGUGCAAGAAGGAAGACAUCACACUACAUUCUGGAGACUUAGAGGGCCUUCUCAGUGCAGCAACAAAGUGCUUUUUCUCUCUUGAAGCUUGCUGCUUUUUUCUGAUUUUCUUAAAGUCUUAAAGUUACUGUAAUUUGCAAAAAUUUCAUUCUUUGUAGAGAAAACAGGAUAACAAAGCGAUAGUCAUUCACUUUAAUGAAGACAAAAGUAUAGCACAUACUUUUGAAUUCUUUGCAAAUGGCACAUUUGAGGGGGGUGUUUUAGUGUGCUCCUCUAGAGGAAGGCUUUUGUUUCUAGAAGGACUAAAUGGCUGGUUUUGGUCUUCUGCUGCAGGGCUCCAUGAAGCUUGUCUUCUUGAAAUACUCUCUAACCUGAAUAAGUACAUUAAAUAUUUGGAGUUGUUCAUUAAUGUUUGUUCUAAUGUUAAAACCAUGGCCAUAUUGGGUAGCUUUAUUGGAUCUUUAUGAGAUAUCUGGUCUGUAGGGUUUUUGGCUUAACAUUCUGAAAAUUUCCAGGACUCUAUGCUAGAAAGCCUAACUGAGGUUAGCCUACAUAAUGCAUUUUUUUAAUUUUUUUUUUUUUGAGGGGUCAGGUGAUCGCAGAAGUAGAUGCCUUCCUACAUCACUAUACCGCUUUACCAAAUCUGAGACUCCAUUAUACAGAUCAGUAGUCAAUGUCAAAAUCAUGAAGACAGUAUUUGUAGAUAAAGCUUUUUUUGUUUUGUUUUAGUUUUUUUUUUUUCAAAUUUAGUGCAUGUCAAAUUUUCUAAUGUGUCAUCACCACAAAAAAUGUGUGAGUUUAUAAGCAAUAAGUGUAACAUCAUCAAGUUGCUUUUUUAAGUUAAUCACAGUUCCUGUCUUUAAGAAUGUGUUUUUUUUUUCCUUUUGUUCAGAGCCUAGAAUGUGUUAUUAUUUUUUCCCCCAAAUAAAUGUAUUUACAUUAAAGUAUGAUUUCCACUGUUGUCAAUUUAUUAGGACUUAAAUGCAUGAACAUGGUUAAUUGCAUAUAAGUACUCGCAUUUCAUUGUUAACUAGAUGUUUGUAUUUCAUUUUGACAAUAGAAUGUUAAAAUUAAUUUGUAAUUAAUACUGUGCCUUUCAGCGUUUGAAACCUGUACAUGUACCAAAUAAAGCAACAAAAUUUAAAGAGAGGGAAUUUCAGAGGCUAAAAAAAUCAG